UGGUGAACAUUUUGAAAUGAGCUUAUAUUUUUCUCAGAACCAUUUUGGAUAGCGCAAUGUUUAGAAAGCAUAAAUGAAGGAGAUCAACGAAAGAAGUUUACUAUCAAAUGGCUUGAAAGAUCAAAACUACAACACAAUGGGACUAUUUUUUGUAUUGCUGGAGACGAUAAAAUAUUUGCAAGGAAUAUUAUAUGCUCGGUUACGAUUACACGUUUAACAAGGUUUAGGUAUUUGUUAAGUCAAGAUGAAGAGAAAACAAUUAUAAAUAGAAUUAGUGAAGAAAUUGAUGAUCCAUAUGAAGACAGUGAAGUUGGUUCAUGUAUCGAAACUGAAGAACUGUUGGAAACGAAUGAAGAAAAAUUUAAGAAAUAUGAAACCAAUGACAUAAAUAAAUUACCGAAUUUUAAUGAAUUUCAAUCCAUGUCUGACAGUGAAAUAAUAUCAGUAUCUGAUGUUCAAAAAAAAAUAUUGUUUUCAUCUCCGGAAAUGAAUAUAUUAGAAACAGAAAAUGUUACUUCUGGAAGUAUUAUGAAACCAGAACAAAGGAUUACACAAAAUUUUGUAAUACAGCCAGAAAAAAAAAUGGUAUUUUUAAUGAUUCAGAAAUAACAUCAACAGAGGAAAUAGUAGAUGAGAUGAUGCCAAUUGAUAAUUGUUACUCACCUGAGAAAUUUCCAUUAAUAGAAUGCAACAAAACGGUUAUACUAGAUGCUGAAAACGAUUCCAAUAAUUAUUCACAAAACAAUGUAUGCAAUAGUAAUAAAAUUGUAAUACUUUCAGAUGAAAUUAUCAAACCUAUGUCAAAUACUUCUCCUAAUGAAAUGAACAAAGAAAAUGAAGUAGCAAAUUCUUCGAAUAUCUCAGAGCUAACCUGCCAAACAGGUCGAAGUAGGCUUGUAAAUUCUAAUAAGAAAUAUUAUUCAGAUAACAGUGAAAGUGAAGCAGACCCCUUUUCAGCUUCAGGUUCUGAAUAUCAACCAUCAGAUGAAUCUUACGAAAGAAAUCGAUUUAAAUAUUCCUCAAGUCCAAUGGCGGAGGAUGAAAAACCAAAUUGUGCCAAUUUCGACAAUCUGGGUCUUACUCCAGUAAAAGUUAUAUCUUCUCCAAUUUCACUCAAAAAUGAGGUUAAUCCUCGUAUUUCUUCCCUGCUUUCGCCCAUUAACCAAACAAGCCAUUCAAUAUACAGACAUUCUUGUAACAUUGAACAACAUCCAACAACCAGUGAUGACACUGACACUUCUAAAGAAAUUAGUGGAAAUAUUUAUUUUGAGCAUUCACAAAAGAAACCUGAUGGAAAACGGCUUUAUAACAAAAGACAUGCUUGUUACUAUUGUAACAAACUGAUUGGUAAAGUUACCAGGCAUAUCAAACUAGUUCAUAAAAAUGAAACGGAGAUAGCCAAAUUGCUCAGUAUGGAUGGUAAAUCGAAGAAUGUCAAAGAACAAUUUUUAUGUAUUUUGAGGGCUGGAGACUAUUAUCAUAAUUGCAAUGUUCUAACAACAAAAAAAGGAGAAUUGAUUCUCAGUAGACGUCCCUCAUCAUCCAGCUGUCUGAAACUAGAAGAUUAUGGUCCAUGUCCGAACUGUCUGGGAUUUUUCCAAAUAGACUCACUAUGGCGUCAUGUGAAGCAUAAGUGUCCAGUGAAAACUGCUCUGAAAAACCGCAGAGAUAUAAGAGGUGAAAGUGGUGCUCUUUUGAGCACUUGGUCAGAAACCAACACUUCACAUGAUUUCCAAAAAAAAAUAUUCUAUCUACUUUCAAAACUGAUGAGGUAUCUCAUACUUGCAAAAAUGAUAUGACAAUAAUUAAAUUAGGUGCUCUUUUAUUUGAAAAAUUCAGUGCACAACAACAUGAUUAUAUUCGACAAACAAUGCGCCAACUAGGAAGGUUGCUAUUACAAAUGAAAUCUUGUGAUAAAAAAAUAUCCUCGUUAUCAGAAGCCUUACGACCAGUUUUUUUUGAUAAUCUGUUAAAAGCAGUUAAAUGUCUAUGCUCGUCCUCAUUUAAUGAUCAAAUAGUUCAAAAAUAUGGGAUACCAUCUCUUGCUCUGAAAAUAGGACAUAGUCUGAGAAAAUGUGCACAAAUUGUGAGGUCAGAAGCAUUGCGCAAGGGAGAUUUGAACACAGAUAGGGAAACGAAAGGUUUUAUGGAUAUUAUGGACCUAGAAUGGCGUCAUAAAAUAUCUUCUAUAGCACUGAAAACGCUACACGAGAGAAAAAUUAAUUGCACAGAAAUGCUUCCGAUAACUUCUGAUAUUCUGAAACUGAAUCAUUAUCUGGACGUAGUUAUAGAAACAUGCCUAUUGAAUUUUUACAGUGAAGUUGACAUAUCCCAACACUGGCAUAAACUCUCGUCUGCAGUAUUGUGCAGAAUAAUCUUAUUUAAUAAAAGAAGAUCAGGUGAAGCAUCUAGAAUGACACUAGAACAGUAUGCAUGUCGCCCAGACUGGAAAGAACAAUGUACAACUGAACUCAAAGAUUCUCUCACUUCCUUAGAGAAAACUCUCGCCAAUAGAUUAGUGGUGGUAGAAGUCCAUGGUAAAUCUAGAAAAAAUUUCAAAGUCCCAAUUCUUCUUACGCCAGAACUGAAAAAAGCAGUAGAUACACUGAUUAAAACAAGGCACUUGGCAAAUGUCUAUUCUAAAAACGUGUACGUAUUUCCAAGAUCGGGAACUUCGCUGACAAACCUGAGAGGACACGAUUGUUUAAAGCAAUUCUCAAUAGCUGCAGAUCUUCAAAGUCCGGAAUUAAUCACCAGCACCAAAUUGAGGAAGUAUGUAGCUACUGUGGUUCAAGUUUUUGACUUAAAGGAAUCAGAGUCAGAUUGGCUUGCUCGGCAUCUUGGACAUGAUAUACGAAUUCAUAGAGACUUUUAUAGGUUGCAUGAAUCAGCUGUCGAGCUCACUAAAGUGAGCAGGAUUCUUCUGGCCGUUGAUAGUGGUACAACAGCAAAUUUUGCUGUUGUCUUUGGAAGACAUUGGUUUGAGUGAAUUGCCAGGCCUUGACUACAGUGAUAGUGAGGACGAAGAUUUAUGUGAAGUUAAGGAAGCGACUGAAAAUGAGGAAAAUGUAGAAAUGGAUGUAGGCACUAAUGAAAACGAAAAAGAUAUAUUCCAUAAAAACGACUCUGUACAUGAAUCAAUUUCUGCCGCAAUUUCCAAAAAAAGAG